AUGGACGUCGUUACCGUUGCUCCUCCUGCGACGGCUGGAGCACAAUCCCACCCGUUUCCCGCGCAAACCAAACAGGCCAGGGGGGAAGUCGGAGGUAUCCAGACUGAUGUGAUAGCCGUAUCAUUCUCAGAUAAGAUUCUCGUGACGGUAGCACAAAACGGGAGGUUAGCCCAUUGGCUCCAUGUGCCUCUUGAGAAUACAAAUCCAGGAACCAGCGGAUACCACUCAGUUCCAGAAGAAGGGGACGACGCCUUGCUUCCCCCACCCGAGCUAACAGCCACGACAGUACUAGGUGGCCGUGCACCAGAAUGGGAGAAUCUAGGGCACCUGUAUGCAUGCCAGAUUGCCAGCGCUAUCGUGACGAAAAAUCCCAACGAGAAAAGACUUUUAGUUGUUGGACUUGGGUUGGAAACGCCAGAUUUCAACCGUGAUACAUUUUUUGGUAUUGUUGAUCUCGUCUUCCGGUGUCUCUGA